AUGCCGGUGCACAAACCUCAGCCGAAGAGCCUCAACUCGAGCUACAGCGCACCUUCUUUGGGUAGAGAGGACAGCAUGAACAUGCGGUCAACUACCGGCUCCUUGCCAACCAUCCCGUCGGUAGCGCUGUAUGCGACGCCUUCCUACAGUUCGCUCUACUCAGACCCAGAGGAUUUGGAGCCUGGCCCUGGUACGUACGACAUUGGUCAAAGCUUUGGCAGACAACAGCUCUCCCAGAACUUCUCAGAACCUUCUGCACCUCUCAUCGCUAAGCAUGGUAAGGCAUGGUCCAAGACAAUGAUCAGCAAGGACCAUCUGAUGGCAAUGAUGGCUCGGGACUCCCCAGCACCAGGCACCUACAUUCCUCGAUUGGUCAACUCAGAAGCGCGCGUGCGAUUCGGCACCGGAAAGAGGCCAGAUCUCUGCGACACGCAUUUUCGUGCGCCUGGACCAGUCUAUGAAGUGCGAGGGUCGCCUGACAACCCUCCGCAGCACAUUAGAUUCUCAAAGGCGAACCGCUUUGCUCUGGACGAUCGUAGCUUGAGCGAGUCUUUGGGCUCUACUGGCCCUGGUCAAUAUGAGGUGAAGGGCUCAAUUGACGGAUCUCGGCAUGGGCGCUCCUUUGGAGCAUCUCAUCGGGCCUACGACAGAGUCAGGUUCCCUGGCUCCGAGAAGGAGGGCCAAGGUCGGUCAUCACCCGGACCUGGUCCUCCACUGCCGUACGAGUUGGCUGGCCGAUCAAUUUCCUUUUGCCGGGCCACCCGCCUCCCAGAUGAUCGCAACGAGCGUGCGCCCGGUCCUGGCGCAUACGACGUCCAUGAAAAGCCAAACCCAGACAUGAAGACACAGAGCGUCUACUCCUUUGGACGGCCCAGUGCACGCAGCCGUAUGGAUUUCAAGACCAUGAAGAUGUUGCAAAGUUCAUCGCUCUGGGGCAUCAACUGA